AGUAACUUUCGCAAGCCUUGACUUGGUCCUGGUAAAUCGACUUUUUUGUGUUUUUCGGUUUUUUGUUGUCUUAUCUGGAAAUGCUUAUGUACGAUGCUAUGUUGAUACCAUCGAUGACCGAUACCACUAUUCACUCAUGGCGCCCAGAAUCAACGCACGGGAUAGGGAAGCUCUCAGGGCUCUGCCUCGGUUGAUGCAGCGUAAAAUUGAUGGAGCAUUGCGUGGCUCAGUCGAAGAUCUCCGAGAUGUCGUUGGUAGUCUCAAUCAACUCAAGGAUGUCACGCCACUUUUACUUCCCGUCUUUCACGCACAACUGGAGGCAUAUCCUAUUCCGGACAGAAUUAGUCCUGAUGUUGUACCAGUGAUCAUGCUCGCCAAAUGGUCCAUGGGUGGCAUUGUACAAAUUUGUCAUAACCUCGGCAGCAAUAUCAGUAUUGGAGAACGCAUUGUCCAUGACGCUGUUGCUUCAAAGUGGGAGAUGCUCUUCCCGUGGAUGCAGUUCUUCAGCAACAAUUUCCUCCCACCUUCGCAAAGACCCGCUGCCCUCCCACAUGGCCUGUCUGUUAGCACUUACGAAGCCCUUAGGAUUACCAUACAUCCACUAUCAACCUUGUGUCAAUUCACAACAAUUGGCAGGCAGUUGAUGAGAACGAACCCCACUGUUCAAGCAUUCUUCUUCCGGGCUUGGGUCAUCGUCGAUGGGUUGAAGAGUGAUGAUGUCGCUGAUCCUCUUCGAGAAGGCGACAAAAAUCUCAGUGCACUGAUACGUGCGAAUAUGUGCUCGCUUAGCGUUAUUUGCAUGGAAGACACCCCUGCGUCUCUGCCAGUAUCUAUCAUCUCCUCUGUCGCCGGCGGAACCCUCCCCAUGGCCUCAUUAGCCCUCCGAUAUAUUCGUCGUAUGACUAAAGAGGUGUCCAAUAUGCCAGAACCUCGGUUACGAGCAAGAGAAAACGUUGACUUCUCAUCCAUGACAGUAUGUGCUACUGGUUUGGCUCAAGCCAUCCUCUUCAUGCAAUCCUUGGGCGAUAGAGAGGGCGGUUGUCACGAAUUGCUCCUCCAAAUCGGCUCAAUUCGUACUGUCCUAAGUGCUAUCACAACACUCUGGGAACGACUCCUAACCCCUGCUUGGAAUAGUUCCGAUAAUGAACCAGAUAUAGGGCUGGCAGCGCGACGCAGAGUGUUAUAUAUAGCAUAUCGCUAUAUCGGGUAUUCAAUGAAUUGCGCAAAUGACUCUGCUUUGGUGAUAUCUCAGGCCAUUCAGCAUGGGCUACUCGAAUGUCUCCUACGGACUGGGUCAUCGCCAGCUGAACAUGUUGACAAUACCAAACGCUUUGAGGAUGACCAUGACAUUCAACUGCUCAAAGAGCUUCCUCGGUUCUUCAGAUUAGAUCGGCUAGGCCUUGAAGAACGAGCGUCCCAAGACCCUGUAUUAUGGGAGUUAUGGCAAGCCGUUGACUCCGCAGCCCGUACCUUCACCAAUUUCCACGAGCUGCCUGAGGGAGCUCCUUUCUACCGGUAUCAAUGUUGUAGCCCGAAAUGCUCUCUCAAUUUCUCUGAAGACGAUGUCACAGCAUAUCGUUGUUCAGGGUGCAUGCUGACACGUUACUGCUCAAAAUAUUGCCAGAAGGAAGCUUGGGAAUCCGGCCACCGUGUUCACUGCCGCAUGCUGCGUUCUGCUCUCGGCAAUCAAGAUGUGCGCGAGAUCCGCAAAAGUUUGCCCGUUAUUGCGAUGAUCGAGUCUUGGAUAUGCGAAGAACGCGUCAACGAAAUCAGGGCGCUCGAUAAAGAUGUGGUGAAAACCUCCGAAAACGAUCGCUCCAUCGUAGAGGUGGACCUGACCGUUUAUCCCAUCGAAUUGAAUAUGUACUCCUUGCGGGACUAUUUCCUCGUUUCCGGCUCUCAUACCUUCGAACGAGAAGUUGCUGAGUCGAUCACAACCUCAGAAGAUAGCCCAUACGAUCUGGUUGCGGUCAAGGUCAGGCUUGGGAGAGAGUAUUAUUCUUUGUUCAGCCCAGCAACCGCUUUGGGUGUCGCGUUUGGGUGGACGUCGGGCAUUCAAGGAGGACGAUACAUCCAUGAGCAUCCUCGGACGCCUGAUCCAUGAGAUUGCAUGAGAAGUCUAGUUUGGCAAUACCUUCAACCAAGGUAUAGUCACUUAGCACUUGCAUUCUGGAGCUCGGACGAGGCGCGUUACUGAAAUUUGAAGCGGCAUUUUAAAGGAAAUCGCGUGGUUCACAGGACUGCAUGGACCCCCGGAGGCCUUCAACUUAUCGUGGAUAAACGGUAUCUGGUGCUGUGACGCGCAUUGGAAGAUGCAAAGAUUGGUUCUUUAGAAAUAGCCCUACAGCCCUACUCCAAUGAUUUACACUAUAGCUUUGGCUAGCUGGGAUAGCCAUAUACCGGACAAAGUAGAAACGGACUCUUACUUACCAUCUCCAUGCUAAACUCCUGCUUCUGACUUCACGAUCAACAACCUUCAACAA